AUGCUUAAAUCCAUGCGCGCGCCUAAAUUGACGUGUUAUGGAGUUCUUUUCGUGCUGUUUGCUUUCGCAUCUGCCUGGGAUCCAGUUGUUGAUUGUCCCAAUGGCGAGAAACGUGCCGAGAUCCAGCCAAUCAAGGUUGUAGACGGCUCAAUCACAUUUGACACAACAUUAGCCAGUACAUUUCUUAUACCUCAUGAAGCUUCCUACAUCACAACAGCCGUUUUUGGAGUUGGACCUCCUUCUACGUACACGAUCGCACCGCAGGGAACACCACCGGUUGGGACUGUCAUAAAGAGAACCCCUCUAACCACAAUCACUUCGAUCAUCUCUUCAUUGACAACUGCGAGGACCCGGACACUGACUCCUGAUCAACCUGGCGAUCCGACUACUGUGAUCGUUGAAGAGCCUGAGUACAGAACUCGCACAGAAGGCGUUGAAGUUGAUCGCACAGGGACCGUCCAAGUGGGCGAUCCCGAGAUACAAACCGUUGGUAUGGGAUAUUACACCACUAUCACGGAGAGAGGGAGCAAUGGAGACCCUGUUACUAAGGUCGUUCAUGUCGACGACCGAACUACAAUUGUUGUUGGGCAGCCAAAAGCAACAACCAUCACCCAAACAAAGGACAUUCAGUCUCCAGUCACGCGCACAAUCCAGCCAGAUAUUUCAGGCGGUGUCAGCACCAUCAUCAUCGAGGUUCCAGAGUCUACGCCUGCGUAUACAACAGUCACCCGUACUGGUAGCGUGUCUACCCCGGUCACGUCGACAGAGCCUGCACGUAGCUCGGGGGGCACUGGUACUGUCUUCGUAAUUUUGCCUUCAGACCCCGUACUAUAUGCAACUGUCACUCGUGCUGGGACUGGUACUGGGACCGUGACCUCGACGCAGCCGCCCAAACACCCAGGGGAUGUGGGGAUCGUCUACGUUGACACACCCGCCCCGCUGGGCAGAUAUAACACCGUCACGCGUUUCGGGACUGGCUCAACUCCGAAGACGUACACUGAGACUCCAAAUGGGCCUGGUAAAGAUGGUGAAGUGGUCGUUGAAAUCCCGAUCACUGACGCAGACUACAAUACUAUCACCCAAGUUGCAUCAUCACUCACCGCACCAGUGACGAAAACCAUUCCACCAAACAGCCCGGACGGAACGGGUGUGGUGAUCGUUCAGGUCCCUCCCGUACGCUGGGCUACCGUGUCUCAUGUCGGUUCGGUAACUCAACCCGUUACCCAUACAAUAUCUCCUACCCGUUCGGGCGACGAUUGGACUGUCGUUGUUGAGCUACCACCAAUCAACACUCGCCUCAUUUAUACCACUCGAUACGGGGAGGUGACAGCACCAGAAACAACUACUCGGUUCGCAGAAGGCUCCUCUUCAGGAUGGGUCAUCAUUGACCUUCCUAACCCUAUGGCGACUACAAUCCGUGGCAGUGAUAUCGACUCUCCAAUAACUAUUAGAGAGGAGCCAGAAUCCCCCGGAGAAACGGGGCUCGUGAUAGUAUUGACCCCAUAUAAGUAUACAAUCACGACGAGAACAUGGGAUGAAUCGGAAACUACAACGAUUACAAAGAAGCCCUCUGACCCGAAUGAAGAAGGGACUGUAAUAGUGCAAGUCCCAGCUGAUGCAGAGACUUACGUUACAGUAACUAGCCGUCGAAGCUCCACUGUCUCUGCUUCUGAUCAAACAGUCGUUUCACCAGAUGUUACUCCUUUUGUUACUGUCACCGAAUAUUGGACAGGAUCAACAGCAAAAACUACAACGAUACUUCCGUCUGAUGCUGAUACUACUGGCACUGUAGUAGUACAGUAUCCUGAAGAUUUUCUCCACUACGUUGUCACCAGCGAGUAUUGGACGGGCUCCACAAAACGGACAGUGACUAUUCCUCCAACCGGCCCCGGAGGCACUGGUACAAAGCACAUAUUAUUCCCAACCGCUGGUAUUCGCUACAUUGAUACUAGCAGCGUGUGGUCAGGUUCUACAACAAGACUCUGGACUGAGUAUCCGUCUGGGCCUGGAGAAACGGUAAUAAUACACCAUGAUGUUCCAGCCAUGCGUUAUGUUACUGUAACCAAUUUUGGCUCUGGUCCUACUACUAGAACUUACACAAGAGAGCACUCUGGCUAUGAUAUAACUGAUACUAUUGUGGUCGAAAUACCAUGGAUCACCUCCUGGACCACCAUUACCAACGCUGGGACAGACUCGACAAGUCGUACAUAUACUCAAAUGCCAUCUGGCUCCGGCAGGCUAGGUACGGUUUUAGUUGAGGUGCCGCCUACUGCGAUUGCUUGGACCACAACAACGGUCACAGGAAGCGACAGCACCACUCAGACUGUUACUCAGACGCCGGGCCCCGGGAAUACAGGGACUGUGAUCGUUAUGGUCCCUCCUGUUAUCGACCAUUACAUCACCACAACAAUCAUUGGCUCUGGAAGUGUGACCAGGACUAUCACCGAAACCCCAACCCAGGCUGGCGCUACGGGUACUGUUAUCAUUGAGGAGCCUGCUGCUCCUGCUAAGUAUGUCACUUUAACAACAACUUGGAGUGGCAGCACCACGACGACCACUACCAAGCAACCAGACUCGCCAGGUCAGACCAGAACUGUCGUUGUCUUUGUUCCCCCAAGCAUAACACCGUAUGUUACUACGACGAUCACAGGCAGUGGGACACAGACUGGAACUCUUACGACGACUCGAAGUCCAACUGAGACUGGCGCUACGGGGACUAUAUACGUCGUGCUACCUCCUUCCGCCACACCUUAUGUGACAAUAACCAGGACUGGUACAGGCACUGCUACAUCAAGAACUACUCAGUUCCCAACCCAAGACGGCCAAACGGGUACGAUCGUGGUAAUCCUACCAACUGUUCCUGUCAAUUAUGUUACGGAGACGAGCGCUUGGACAGGCAGUACAACCAGCACUAUCACAAGGCAACCAGACUCGCCCGAUGAUCAGACUAGAACCGUGGUCGUCUUCGUCCCUCCAAGCAUCACACCCUAUGUCACCACAACCUCUUUCGACCACACAGUCUCUGUGCCAUACUCUACCACGGUGGCUCCGACUCUUCCUGGUCAAACGGGAUCGAUUAUCAUCGUGAAACCUGUGAUAUACGUUACUACUACUCGCUAUGGAACAGCCUCCACCACGAGGACUCAAAGUGCUGGGAGCUCCGAGACUUGGAGUGUGAUCAUUGAUAGGCCACAGUCUUUCACAACAAUAACCCGCUGGGCAGCUUCAAUCUCAGUCCCAUCAACGACGACCCAGAGUCCUGUAAACCCAGGAGAUCCAGUCACUGUCGUGUUAGAAUCUCCCCAACCCUACACAACCACGACCCGGUAUGGAAGUGUUAGUGUGGACGAGACCACCACAGAGACAACCACCAGACCUGGUGAGCCAUACGUCGUCGUUAUCAAAAGACCCUACGCGACAGUCACGGUCACCACACUCUGGACAGGCACAGCUAUGUUAACCGGGCCGACGCCAAUCUCUACAGUUCCCGCGGAUGGAUCAAUUCCCGGCACAGUCAUAAUCGCAACCGCUCCACCACAAACAGUCACGAUUACCCGAUUGUAUUCCGGCGUGGGACUUCUUACCGCGCCAACUACAGUCACAAUCCCUAAUUCUGGGGCAAAUCCAGGGACAGUCAUAGUGGAGACACAGGCCUAUAUGACCACGACUCGAUAUGGAAGUGUCACAGUUAGCUCUAUGACCACAGAGUUGCCAAUAAGCGCAGGCGGGCCGGUGGUGAUUGUUGUAGAGCUACCACAGGCAUAUACAACGAUAACCAGUUGGGGAGGUGUCUCAAUUCCUUCGACAGUAACAGAAACACCUCAGAGCCUCGGGGGAACUAUCACGGUGCUUGAAAGGCUUCCGCAACCUUACACAACAAUAACCAGAUGGGGCAGCGUGACAAUCAGCAGUAUUACAACUGAGUCUGCGUCUGUUGAAGGCCAGGUUGCUACGGUUAUCUUCAAUCUCCCACAGUCAUAUACAACUGUGACUAGGUACGGAGGCGUGACAACCAGCGAGACUAGCACCCAAACAGGCGCUAUGCCUGGGGACACCGAUACUGUCUAUGUAGAUGUGCCAUUUUCGACAACUACAGUAACCGAACUCUAUACAGGAACAUCGUUGAUCACAGGACCAAUAGCUAUCUCCACCAUAUCAGCUUCAGGGUCGGUUCCGGCCACGAUCGUCAUGGCCACGCCGCCGGUGUUUUCAACGCGGUUUUAUACUGGAGCAAGUCCAAUCUCUGGCCCAAUCACUGUGACUACUCUAUACGGGACUGGGAGCGAUCCUGCUACUGUCGUGGUUGAGACACCGCCAGUCACUAUCACUCAAAGAUACUCCGGCUCUUUAACGGUCACCUUGACUACAAUUACGCCCAGUGCGACAGAGGAUGGAACUGUAAUAAUCGGUAUUCCCUCACCUCAGCCUGUCACCAGCUAUCGUCAAUACUCGGGGACUUCCCCAAUCAACGGGGCUAUCACGGUGACAACUCUUCAGCCAACAGAUCCUGACGAUCCGGCAACUAUUGUUAUCGAAACACCACUUGUAACAAUCACGCGGCCAUAUACAGGCACAGAGGUACUAUCCGGCCCAACGACUGUGACUACUGUGUCGGGUACGGUGGUCAUCGAGACACCUCCAGUCUAUCUGACACGAUUUUAUACUGGAUCAAAUAUUCUCACAGGCCCAACUACGGUCUCAACGAUCUCCCCUUCGGGCAAUAAUCCUGGCACGAUCAUCGUCGAGACUCCUCCGAUUACAAGCACGAGGUUUUACACGGGCACGGAGAUCUUGUCAGGCCCAAUUACUGUAACUACCAUUACACCCAUAAACACAGAACCGGGCGUGGUCGUGAUUGAAACACCUCCGAUCACAAUCACCAGAUUCUACACAGGUACAGAGAUCCUGUCUACGCUUACUACCGUCACUACAAUCACCCCGACUGGUACAGAAGCUGGCGUCGUUAUAGUUGAGAAACCGCCUGUGAGAGUCACACGGUUCUAUACUGGUACAUCAGUGAUCACAGGCCCAAUAGCUAUAACAACAAUAACACCGAGUGGCACGGAGGACGGUACCAUCAUCUAUGAGACCCCUCCUGUUACGGUGACACAGUUCUACACCGGAACCGAAGUACUCACUGGUCCUCUUAUACUUACAACUGUAACACCAACCGGAACUGAGCCAGGUACUGUGAUCCUAGCGACACCACCAGUAACUAUCACAAGAUUCUGGACUGGGACAGAUGUUCUGACUGGCCCGACCAUUGUUACAACGAUAACGCCGACGGGAACUGAAGCAGGGACCGUGGUCGUCGAGACCCCUCCUGUGACCAUUACUCAACGUUAUUCUGGAACUUCUGUCCUAACUGGGCCAGUGACUCUAACUACUAUCACCCCUACUGGCAGUGAAGAAGGAACAGUUAUCAUUGCUACUCCACCGCCUGCGACUGUGACGAGCACGCGACGGUAUACUGGUACUUCAAGUCUGAGCGGGGCAAUCACUGUGACUACAAUCUCAGCGACAGGCACAGACGAUGGACCGAUCGUGGUGAUCGCGACACCUGCACCUCAGCCAUCCACCAGCUAUCGCCAGUACUCAGGAACAUCCAGCAUCAAUGCGGCCAGAGCUGUCACAACCAUUCAGCCGACCGGCACAGACGACGGAGGUGUUGUGAUCGUGGAAACCCCAGCACCACCUCCAGCUUUCAGCUGUGAUGAAGGAGGGUACUUGAUCCAAGUCCGAACUCUCUACAGGCUCAACUUGGUCACAGGAGUAAACGCUCUGGUAGCACAAAAUGUUGGACCGGGAGCCCCUUCAGGUACAACCAACGGCGGAACCAUCAACCCUAUUGGCUAUAAUAUUAAGGAUAAUCUCAUCUAUGGCAUUGUCCAGAUUGCAACCGGCAAGAGCCAAGUCAUUCGGAUUGGCUCCACCGGAUCAUACACACUGAUGAACACCUUUAUUGAUGGAACUUGGAACACUGGAGAUGUCGAUUCUGAUGGUAUUUUCUGGAUCUCGACAUAUGGAAAGGCGUGGGCGAAGAUCGAUGUGAACCCAACAUCUGCGACCUAUGGCAAGGUUCUUCAACAAGGAACCGCAACGUCCGCAAAUAACUGCGCCGACUGGGUGUCAGUACCUGGAGGAGGUCGUUAUCUCUAUGCUCUUCAAGGAAACACGUCGAAGACAGUCCUGGCAAGAUGGAGCCUCGACACUUUCACGUGGGAAAUUAUCAAGGACUUCGGGCAUAUCGCAGGUGAUAACCUUUGGGGAGCGGCUUAUUCGGUGGGUAAUAAGCUUAUGUAUGCUUCGGAAAAUACGUCUGGAGUCAUAUACCGAUUCAACGUUGAGACUGGAGAGAAAUCUCUUGUGAUUAAUGGCCCGAAGACAUCGCAAAACGAUGGCGCGCGUUGUGUCAACGCUUCGCCUCUCACAUAG